UCAGUGUCAGAAUUAGAUUGACACGAAAGUGGUACUGAAAUCAAAAGUAGGAAUUACAAUUUAUCCAUAUUUUGGUGCAGAAUUUAAAUAUUAAGCUAAAAUGGCUACUGUUGAGGAGUUAAAGAAGAAGAUUGAGGAGUUGGAGGCUAAAUUAGCCGCCGCACAAGGAAGUAAGGGUCCAGUUAGAGAAAAAAUCGAAGUAAUGUCUGCAGAAGUUGUCGAUUCAAAUCCAUACAGUCGUCUAAUGGCGCUGAAGCGAAUGGGCAUUGUGGACAACUAUGAGAAGAUCCGUGAGUUGUCUGUGGCUGUGGUGGGUGUGGGUGGGGUGGGCAGUGUCACAGCAGAGAUGCUCACUCGUUGUGGCAUUGGAAAGUUGAUCCUAUUUGACUAUGACAAGGUGGAGCUGGCGAAUAUGAACCGACUGUUCUUCCAGCCGCACCAGGCAGGACUGAGCAAGGUGGCUGCUGCUGCCGCCACACUUCAGUCCAUCAACCCUGAUGUUGUUAUAGAUGCACAUAACUACAACAUCACCACCGUUGAUAACUUUCAGAAGUUUUGUGACACAAUUAGUUCAGGUAGUUUGAAGGGUGGUCCGGUAGAUCUAGUGCUGAGCUGCGUGGACAACUUUGAGGCGCGCAUGGCCAUCAACACGGCGUGCAACGAGCUCGGACAGAAUUGGUUCGAAUCAGGAGUCAGUGAAAAUGCAGUAUCUGGACAUAUUCAGUUUAUUGUCCCUGGAGAGACUGCCUGCUUUGCGUGUGCGCCGCCUCUAGUGGUGGCGUCCAACAUCGACGAGAAGACGCUGAAGAGAGACGGCGUUUGCGCAGCCAGCCUGCCCACCACCAUGGGAAUUGUCGCUGGAUUCCUUGUUCAAAAUGCCCUCAAGUAUUUGCUAGGAUUUGGUAAUGUCAGUCAUUAUCUGGGAUACAGCGCAUUGACUGACUUCUUCCCAACGAUGAGCCUUAAACCGAACCCCACAUGCUCAGAGGCGUGGUGUGUGAGGCGCGCGGCUGCAGUACGAGCUCGACCCCCGCCUGUAGAGCUGGCUGCGGAGGUGUGCGAGGAUACCGCCCCUCUGCAUCAGGACAACGAGUGGGGUAUUAGUUUAAUUGAAGAGAAUGCUCCGGAGGAAGAGGCACCGACCAACUUGCAGCUCGCAGAUGGCGUUCAGGUGGCGUAUAGUAUAGGUGUGGAGGCGGCAGCGGAGGCGGAGGUGGAGGCGGGUGGUGCUGCAGGUGACAGUAGUACGCCGGAGUCAAGCGGAGGUGCGCAGGCCGCCGCCGAGCUCUCGCUGGAGGACCUCAUGCAGCAAAUGAAGUCGCUGUAGUCAGACUUUCACUGGCUCUUAGACUAUGUAAUACCAUAAACAACUAUUACAUUCAUUCGUAUAAAUUUAUAUUA